GUGUAAGUGGGAGUGAGAGGACCCCGGUUGUGAAAGAGUUAAGGCUGCCGGAAUGAUGAGUCGCUGGGUGUCAGGGUCAGGGACACACACACACUGGCUGAGAAGUGGAGAGUUACUUUAGCUGGCCUCCUUCCAGCUGCUCUGAGCUGGUCCCUGAGAGAGCCUCAGCUGGUGGUUUCUGAGGAGAAGGCAUAAGGACAGGCAGGGAGGUGGCAGGGGCACAGUGCAGUGGGCAGUGUGUGGCCUGAAUCCCUCACAGCAGCAGCUGGUUCUGGCUGUGGGCACAGUGAUGGGGAGAGAGUCUCUUCACUCAGAUCCUCCCUUACCCCCAUGGAGGGCCUCCUACCCCUGAGGGCUACACUGCCGGCGAGAAGUUAGACUCUCACACCAGCCACUGCUUGUGAGGACGGACAGGCUUCCGCACUCGGUAUCACUGGGAACCGAGGUGUGAAUAGAGAAACCGCACUGUACUGGGGAGCUGGGCAAAGUCACAAUGAAGACCAGGAUUGAAUAAAACUCAGAUGAGUUAACAGCAUCAUCCUUGGCUCUACCUUUGAGUAUGGGCGCUGAGCCCUGGUCCUUGAGUGGUGGAUCCUAUUCAAUGCAUCUAUGGUUGUUCUUUACCCUGACCUUGCUGUUGCUCAUCCUGCUACUGAUCUCCUGUGGAAGCUGCAUGAGGGAUGCAGCUCAAUUCUCGGCAGAGAGUAACGACACAGAGACUAAAGAUGACACUCAGCUCAUAAGCAUUAGCCAAAUGGAUGAUUCUGUAUUUCCAAAGAGCAUCUCCACAGCAACAAUUCAAGAAGGUCGCCCUGGAUUGCGUAAAGUAAGCUGGCAAAAUGAUGUGGAAAUGUCUGGCACACAAGAUGAUAAAGAGUCUCCGUGUCAACACAGUAGAGCACUGCCUGAGCUUCCCACUGCCUCGGGCAGUAAGGUGAAUCCCGAUGGUAAAGGUGACCCCGUCUACCAGACAGCAAGGGAGCUGUCUGCUGCAGAGUGCCCAGAGCUUGCAGAAGACUCCAUCGAACCAUCAUACGCAGCCAGUGAGCAGUUUAGCCUCGAAGCACAGAGGACAGAGUUCAUCAUUGAGGAUGACAUUGCCAAGGAGGAUGGGGAGGGACAACGGGAGAAAGUGGCUCCUGUAUAUGCACGGGUCAGCAAAAAGCCAAAGAACACACCAUUGCUGCAACUUCCCAGCCCUUCAUUAGCCCGUGGGAAUGUGGAAUGUGACGAGGAACCACCACCACUACCUGAGAAACAUUUCGACCUUGAUGAUGAUUUUGGGGUCAGUGUGGUCUUUGAGCAGACAUUGGUGGAGAGAGCACCUCAGGAAGACCCCAGAGCAGCUUUGCUUCCUGCUGAGUCCUGUGUCACUGAUGGGGAUGAUAUUGUGGCCACAAAGAAUGGUCUGACUGUGGGUUAGCAGCACCAAUAUCUCUGAGACACUACUCUGCUUCUAACUGGAUAUGAUCAGUAUUGGAUGGGAUUUACCUAAACAAGCUACACCAGAAUGAAUAUCCCCAAAAGGAAUGCAGGGAAACCAUCAAAAACAGAAACUCAGCAAGUCUGACAGCAUCUGUGAAGAGAGAAACAGAGUUAACGUUUUGAGUCCAGUGACUUUUCUUCACAACAAUGUGGGAUAGAGGGGCCUUGUGUCUCCUGCUCCCUAUACACUACACAAUGAACACAGCUUGGAACUUCAGAGACACUGUAUAGCUCGGGCUCUAUGUGGGAAAAGUACUGAAGGAGUGACAUUAAAAUUUCAUUUCUUGCAUUUGAACAGGAGGGCUGGAGCUCUGAUAACCUCUUAGUGCGGGUACUGGGAGUGAGAUGUCACCAUUUUAAUAACAGAAUUUUCUGCGUAGUUUUCUCUGUGACAUUAUAGAUUUCUUGAAUAUUA